AUGGCCUUGCCGAUGACCCGAGCCCAGCCCUAUGAGCAGGAUAUGGUUGAAUGUUGGGAUGAUGAUGACGACCUACAGUUUAACGAUGGUUGCCAAUUCCAUGCUGCAUCCAGCACGGGAUCUGUCACGAACUCCUCGUUUCGCCCCUCUGGACACCGUGACUCGAUCUCGUCUCGUCGAUCUGCUCGUUCUGAUAUCGAUUCUAAUGCUGGGGAUGAGGAUUGGCAGGUCCUCUUGCACGAUAAUGAUGAAUUCUCCAAGGAGGAAGCUCUUGCUUCAGCUAAAAAUGCCGGUAUUCCUAUCCCCGCUGACAUUCCAAAUUCCGCCCUUGUCGGGGGCGCUAUUAAGCGGCUGUCGGCUCGGAAGUCUAGGAAAACCUUCGUCGAUGACUGGUCAGAAGACGUAGAGCUCCCUGGUCCGGAUACAAUAUUGGCUCUCAAGACCCCCCGAACCAUCGCUUUUCCAGAAACACUAAGGCAAAUCAGCUCCGCAGCCACCAGCCCCGUGAAAUCGACAGCUUCUCCGUCGUGGAGUGACGACAUCGCCACUCGUCUGCAAUCAACGCUUGCGAAUUUGGAUCGAUUGCAGGAUGAAAAUAUCUGCCUUGUCAAUGGAGAUGUUCCCACAAUCAAGGCCCCCGUACCACGGUCUCCACAGAAGAAUUCUGGGGUGACUUCAGACGAUUUUGUUGAAGACCUGGAACUACCGCCCGGUCAUGAGCCCCUUGAACUAUCCCAUCGCAAAGAAAACGCCAAUGUUUCUAGCCCUAUUCUUGAUGACUUCGAUCUAGAGUGGUCCGAGGGUAGCAUCGGUGUCCGAGUCGGCGGCACUGCCCGAGAUGGCCGUUCAGUUCCCAGCUCUUCUAUUUCGAUUGCCAGUCCAAGUGUGUCGAGUUGUCUGACAGGAGAGAGUGAAGAAGAUGGCCUUGACGGUCUCUUGUUUCCAGAUGGCCCCCUGGAUUUCACGGCCUCGCUCAAUAAGCGGCAAGCAGCCCAAGAUCCAGAUGAUACCCUCGGUCCGGAAAGAAGUCAGAACAUACCAACUCCUUUGGAUGCAGAUGAUUUCUUCUCUGGGAUUGAAAUCGAGGAUGGUAGAGCUUUUGGCUCAAGAAAAUUGACCUUGAAUCCUAAUGUCAAAUGCAAGACGGAAUGGCCGUCGAGCCCAACACGUCGACCAGCAACUACCUUAACCUUUACGAAUGCAACUGGGUCUCCGCGCACUCGUAUCCCACGUUUAUCUGGUAAUGAUCGAACUCUUUCCACCCACCUUGAAACAGUUUCGGAAAGCGGUGCACCUCUUUCCAAAUUCAGGCGAUCUCAGUCUCGACUUGGACACUCUUCUCAAUCAUCGGUGUCUAGUCUACCUUCGUCCAGCAUACAUCCGACAUCUCCCACUCCUAUCCCAUCUGGCCGAAAGCUUCUUGGAAGCAGGACUUCCAGAGACACUGACCAUACCAAUGACCCGAAAGUUCCUAAUCGACCACUCCGAAGUAAACGGUCCAUGCCAUCCAUCCGUGGCGUAACAUCACUCACUCCGCCACAUCAUUCACAACGAGCGCCAUCUCGUGCGGAGGGUCACACCGCUCUGAAUAGACCCAAGACACCCGUGGAGCGCGCCAUGGUUGAUGUCCGGACCUCAACCCGCCGAUCUCAGGCUUCCUUUGUUCCAGUUGGUGGAUCAGAGAGACAAUCUCACCAUUCUACUAUCAAGAAUCAACGUCCCUCCCGGCGAACUAAUUCGGAUAGUUCCAGUGACCUUCUAAGCCCCCAGGGAACCUUCUCCCGACUAUCACGAUCGACUCGUCCUGAGGUUCUACGACACAGCUUUGGGGAAACGAGUCCGGAAACCGCCAGGUCGGGAACGACCAAGCGAACGCUCACUCGACCUACGCGGCGCCGCAAUUUCGGCGAUGGAACGGAGUUGGAGUCUUUCGAUGAUUUGCCAACAUCUGCCUCCACGGAAAGCAGAUUUGUGAAGCAUCCAGCUGGGCGAGGAGCCCCCCGAUCCGUGCGUGCUCGACUCAGCCAGAGUCGCAUUACUCCCCCAAUUGAAUCUCCGAAACAGUCCAUACCUUCAGCCUCGAAACCACCCAACCCCACGCCAAGAUUUGCGCGGGAUACCAAUGCAUCGCGAAAUGCGCGCGAGCAACGCAUUGCCUCCAUGAAUUCACGGACUCGUGACGCAAACCCCCUGGCUGCAUUCUCUCCCAAUUGGAAACCCCAUUCUAUCGUCUCCCGGAUCUCACCAACCUCCGCCCCUGUUCGCAAUCGCAAAAUUAGACCGGCGAUAAAACCUCCAUCCAAGCCUCACUUAAUUAAACCCAUGGGAUCUGGAGUGCAUGAAGCCAAAUCGGUACGAGGCAUGCGCUAUAACCCGGAAACCUUCAGGUGGGAAGGCAACGAAAAUCUCAUCCAGGACUUUGAUAUCGCCACCGCACCGAAGUCCCCGAAACCUGCACCCGCUCUCAUCACCAAUGUGGGUGCCAUGCACAAUGUGCAGGUCGUCGGUGGCAUGGUGUUUGAUCCACAACGCAUGUGUUGGCUCAAGGCCGCCUCCUUUGGGUCUGGAAACAAUGACGGGUUUAGCGCCGAUGAGGACGACGUCUUUGCAGGAUUGGACGACCUUGACGAUCAAGUUUCUGGUGCUGUCGGGCGACCAUCUGGAGCCCUGGAUGAGCUUCACUCUCCCACGGCGGGCGAGGAUCCCAGUGGCGGUGAGUCUUCCGACGAGGCACCGAUCACCGAGGAAUUCGAUGUUGGGCCAGAAUUUAUCCGACGCCAACGGGCUGAGGAGGAUAAAUGGAGACGCAAAGUGGACAAGUGGGUUGGCUCUGAUCGAGGCGAUCGUGACAUUCAUUGGCGAUGGGCCAUCCGCGAUCUCGUCUGA